UAGACGGUGGCGACAGGAACAAACAUGGCAGCCUAGCACCGCUGCAGCUACUGUACAGUGAAGGUUGUUAAUAACUUGGAAGGUUGUGACAGAAAUAUCGUCAACAUGCUGAACCUGACAAUAAGAGAGGUGUCUUUGGCACUCAGGGAGGGAAGGAUUUCAGCAACAGAACUUUGUAGGAGAUGCCUGAACCGCAUCAAGAAAACUCAGCAUCUUAAUGCGUACAUCACUGUGACAGAGGAGCUGGCACUGAAGCAGGCUCAAGAAGCAGACAGCAGGCUUCAGCAAGGUGUCUCCAAAGGUCCUCUGGAUGGAAUCCCUUUUGCAGUUAAAGACAACUUUUGCACUGAGAAUAUCAAGACCACAUGUGCUUCCCGGAUGCUCAGAGAAUACUUUCCACCUUAUAAUGCUACAGUUGUUCAGAAGCUCAUGGACCAAGGGGCUGUCCUGGUGGGGAAGACCAACAUGGAUGAGUUUGCUAUGGGCGCGGGCAGCACAGAUGGGGCUUACGGACCAGUAAGGAAUCCCUGGGGCUAUGCUGCUCCCUACAGAGAACAGACAGGGGCAACGCCAGACUCUGAUUGGGUGAUCACUGGAGGAAGUUCAGGGGGAAGUGCUGCAGCUGUGGCUUCACUGACCAGUUUUCUGGCUUUGGGUUCAGACACAGGUGGUUCUACUCGUAACCCAGCAGCACUCUGUGGUGUCGUGGCCCUGAAGCCGACCUAUGGCCUGCUGUCCAGACACGGUCUCAUCCCUCUUGUCAACUCUAUGGACGUUCCUGGCAUCAUGAGCCGCACUGUCAGUGACACAGCCAUCGUCUUAGGAAUACUCCAAGGCCUCGAUGUAAGAGACUCGACGACAAUUCCUGCCCCUCCAUCCCUGACGGAGCUACCUGAAGACUUUGAUGUUAAGAAUCUCCGUGUAGGCGUCCCUAAGGAGUACCACGCCCCGGGACUGUCUGUGGAAACUCAAGCUCAAUGGUGUCGUGUUGCCGACAUGUUUGAGAGAGCCGGCGCGAGGGUGGAGCAGGUGUCGCUCCCCCACACUCAGUUCUCCAUCGUGUGCUACCACGUCCUGUGCCAUGCUGAAGUGGCUUCUAACAUGGCCCGAUUUGACGGCCUUGAAUAUGGCCACCGUAGUGAGGUGAACAGCUCAACAGAGGCCAUGUAUGCGUCAACGCGACACGAGGGCUUCAAUGACGUAGUGAGAGGAAGGAUUCUUUCUGGGAACUACUUCCUUCUCAAAAAGAACUACCAGCACUACUUUGUGAAGGCACAGAAAGUGCGCCGGCUUAUCGCCGAUGACUUCAGGCACGUGUUCAGCUCAGGUGUUGACGUGCUGCUGACGCCCACCACUCUGACUGAUGCAGCCCGCUACUCCGACUUCACACAGGAAGACAACCGAACGCGCAGUGCACAGGAAGACGUGUUCACUCAGCCUGCCAACAUGGCAGGUCUGCCUGCUGUUUCAGUGCCGGUUGCUUUAUCAAGGCGAGGGCUUCCCAUUGGCUUACAGCUCAUUGGCCCUGCUGUCCAGGACAUGAAGCUGCUCAGUGUUGCCCAGUGGAUCGAGCAGAAGGUUGGAUUUCCCUCCAUCAGGGACUACGACAACUCCAGGAAUGAAACAGGAGUGACAGAAAGGGAGAGGACUUCCGCUGUAUGACAAGAACUUAUGGACACCAGGAUUUUCAUGAAUAUGCUGUUAAAUAAAAGUUGCUUUCACAAGGUGA